AUGUCAACAUCUAUUGUUACUUUGAAUGUUGGAGGUAUUCUGUUCACAACAACAAAAGCAACGUUGCAGAAGUACCCAGAUUCCAUGCUUGGAUCAUUAAUAAGUAAUGGUUUGCCAAGCACCAGAGAUGCAAAUGGCCAUUUUUUUAUUGACAGAGAUGGUCAGAUAUUCAGACAUGUGUUAAAUUUUCUCCGAUCUUCCCAGUUGUGCUUGCCAUCAAAUUUUAAAGAUCUUGAUCUGUUAGCUGCUGAAGCUGACUUUUAUCAAAUUAGCCCAUUAAUUGAUGCUGUUAAUGAAUAUCGAGAUGCUUUCACCAAAACAGCUAGGACGUUUUAUUUAGAAAUUAUAGAAGUGAGAACUGGUUCUACGGCCACAAUGCCUACUAGUAAUUCACGUGUGAAAACUAUUUUAUUAGGGAGAAAAGAUGUACUGCUGUCCUUGCCGCCAGCAGUCAUAGGCACUGAUUUUAUUGAACGUUUGUGUUGCAAGGAACCACAGGAACAUACAGAAGUUGAGUUAUUUGGCAGCCCAGUUCGUCUCCGAGUUGGGGAGGAACUUCACAACUUAGGUUGGAGCCUUAUUUCUUCAGAUCUGUCAACUUCCUCUGGUUUUGAUAACAAAUCACAAUUUGGCAUGAGCCUGAUCAUCGAACACACUUUCAGAGACAGGUGGAGUAGAGAUUUUGAUGCAGAUGAGCCAAUUAAAAUUAACCCAAAUCACUCACUGUUACUAGAAGAAGCAAAUGUUUGA